GGGCUGUGGGAUGGCCAUGGUGUUUACACAUUGCGCAAGUGCUGUAGUUUUAGUUGACAGUAUGCCCCACCCCACACAACAAUGUGACGUGACUGCUGCAAACAGCUAUUUCGAUACUUUGAGCCACGCCGAUAGACACAUAGGGCGUAGAAAGUGGUGGCAGUUUCCUCUCUGCACUCAACGGGACACCCAGCUCCUUCCUGAGCUCUAGACAAGCUGAGAUGCUUCGCCCCGCGCCCCUCAACAUGCCGGUGGCUCUCUAGAAGAUGACCAUAGAGGACCUUCCGGAUUUCCCACUGGAAGAGACUUCUGUGAUCGGACGGUACCCGUUCCUGUUUCCGGGCUCUGACGCGUCGGUGGUCUUCUCCGUCUCCGCAGCACCAAUGCCUUUGGACUGCGAGUUUUCUUUCUUUGAUCCCAAUGACACAUCAUGUCAGGAAAUUCUCUUUGAUCCCAAAACUUCUGUGUCAGAAUUAUUUGCCAUUUUAAGACAGUGGGUUCCUCAGGUCCAGCAAAAUAUCGACAUUAUUGGAAAUGAGAUUCUGAAGAGGGGCUGCAAUGUGAACGACAGAGAUGGGCUGACCGACAUGACUCUCCUACAUUACACGUGCAAGUCUGGAGCGCAUGGCGUUGGUGAUGUUGACACAGCUGUAAAAUUUGCAACUCAACUUAUUGAUCUGGGAGCAGACGUUAGUUUGCGGAGCCGCUGGACAAAUAUGAAUGCUUUGCAUUACGCUGCUUAUUUUGAUGUCCCCGAGCUGGUAAGAGUGAUUUUGAAGACAUCCAAACCAAAAGAUGUGGACGCCACCUGCAGUGACUUUAAUUUUGGGACGGCUCUGCACAUCGCCGCGUACAACCUGUGUGCGGGCACCGUGAAGUGCUUGCUGGAGCUUGGAGCAAAUCCCGCAUUUAGGAAUGACAAGGGAGAGACGCCAGCGGAUGUGGUGCCAGACCCAGUGGAGAUGCCCUUGGAAAUGGCCGAUGCCGCGGCCACCGCCAAAGAGAUCAAGCAGAUGCUGCUGGAUGCGGUGCCUCUGUCCUGUGACGUCUCCAAGCCCCUGCUUCCGAACUACAGCCCCGUCACCAGCAAGGCGGUGCUGACGUCAGCCGGCCUGAAGCUGGGGGACCGCGUUGUUAUCGCGGGACAGAAGGUUGGAACCUUAAGAUUUUGUGGAACAACUGAAUUUGCAAGCGGGCGGUGGGCCGGCAUUGAGCUGGAUGAACCAGAAGGAAAAAACGACGGCAGUGUUGCAAAAGUCCAGUACUUCAAAUGUGCCCCCAAAUACGGUAUUUUUGCACCUCUUUCAAAGAUAAGUAAAGCAAAGGAUCGAAGGAAGAAUCCAGUGCACACUCCUUCCACCAAAGCUGUGCCUCUCACCAGGUCCCAGAAAACUGAUGUAGCUCAUGUGACGCCGAAAGUAAAUACUGGGCUGAUGCCAGCGAAAAAGGACAGUGCUUCCGAACCAGCGCUUCCGCUGCCUCCGGGUGAGGACCCGAAAACCGUGGCGGAGAAAGAUGUGAACCUGCCCGGAUCCACCAGCAGCCUGUCCUCCGCCUCUUCCCUGGAGCACAGACAGGGCAACGCCAGGAAGCCGCACGCGCGCGGCGGCAGCAGCAAGACGACCAUGAGCAAGAGCCCGUCUGUUUCCUCCCGAACCAGCGCUGGCCUGAGUUCCUCAGCCACGUCCGUGGCGAACAGCGCCCGCGGCGAAGGAGAGCUCCAGCUGGGAGACCGGGUGCUGGUGGUGGGCCAGAGGUUCGGCACCGUCAGGUUCUUCGGGACCACGAACUUUGCCCCAGGGUGCUGGUACGGGAUAGAGCUGGAGAAGCCCCACGGCAAGAACGACGGCUCGGUCGGAGGCGUGCAGUACUUCAGCUGUUCUCCGAGAUACGGGAUAUUCGCGCCCCCCUCCAGGGUUCAGAGAGUCCCAGAUUCCCUGGAUACGCUUUCGGAAAUUUCUUCGAAUAAACAGAAUCAUUCUUAUCCUGGUUUUAGGAGAAGCUUUAGUACAACUUCUGCUUCUUCCCAAAAAGAGAUUAACAGAAGAAAUGCUUUUGCCAAGUCCAGGCCGGCCCUGCGGCGCAGCUGGAGCGGCGCGGCAGCCGGGGGCGCGGAGCGGGGCGCGCGGCUGCGCGAGGGCGCGCAGGUCCUCCUCACCAGCUCCAACGAGAUGGGCACCGUGAGGUACGUGGGCCCCACGGACUUCGCCGCGGGCAUCUGGCUCGGGCUGGAGCUCCGAAGCGCCAAGGGGAAAAACGACGGAGCGGUGGGCGACACGCGCUAUUUCACCUGCAAGCCGAACCACGGCGUCUUGGUUAGGCCGAGCCGGGUCACCUACCGGGGGAUAAAGGGCUCCAAGCUGGUGGACGAGAACUGCUGAGCUCAACUGGAGUGUUCAGUGCGAGUGCGCGCGCGCGAGUGUGUACAUACACUUGUAUAUAUCUAUAGGGCGUGAAAUACGGAGUCCAUGGCACAUGUAGACUGUAAACAUUAUUUAAAAUUUGGAAAUACGACUAUCUUCCUAAAAACCAUUUUAACAACUCAGAGAGACUCCUUUCAAGAGCUAGCAGCGUGAACUGUGGGAAUCCCAGCUCUCUUAAAACAAUUUUGAAAUAACCAUUUAAAAAAGUUAGUGAAGCUUUAGACCCAAGAAGAUUCUGAGAGCUGGGAAAAAAUGUGCCAGUAGGUGACCAGCUGGUGUUGCUUACUCUUUCGUUUUUGCACAUGACACUGGACUUAAUUUUUUGCACGCGUUUAACUUCCUUAUUGGACAGAUCUCUGAAACACACACACAGACACACAAAGCACUUUUAGAACACGAUGCACUUUCCGCUUUGCCAUCAUUUCCUUCUGGGAUGUGAAAAGCAUUGAAAGAUUAUAUUUAAGAGAAGAGUGCAAAUUAAGAUGUGUUAGGAAGACUAUAGUAUUCAUUUGUUUAUUCUUGAUUUUUUGUUUUAUUAUUCAUAAAGCUGAUUGUUGCAAGUUCAUCCUGUUAAGCUACAGAACCGUAUCAUGUUUUUAUUUUCCUUGCUGAGCACGUGGUAACAAACUGAGCUUCAUCACCGAGCGAUGUGAUAAUGCGGAGCAUUUGUAUUGUGGACAGUAUUGCAGUUUAUGGUCCUAUGUGUGUGAUGAUUUAUCUCCAGUUGUACACAUUCAGACCUUAAACUACAACAGAAAUAUCAGAACAGUUUGCUUUAUGAGAUUAAAAUCAUCCUUCAGAAUGGAGCUUACUUUGUGCUUAGAAAUAAUAUGUUGAACUAUUUUGUAAUAUGCUAUUUAAAAUCUAAAUUCUGUUGCUUUGCUGCCUUUUUAAAAAGGAGUGUGGCAUUUCAAAUAUUGCUAGAGCUAUUUUCCUGAAAUACAUUUGCAAAAUGAGGCUGCUUUAUAACCAAGGAAUAUUUUUAUUGAUUGAAGAAAAUGACUGUACUGCUAUUCAAAAGUAAACUUAUUUUAUUAUGUAGCUUAUUUCUUAAAGACUCUAUUUAUACUUUAACAUGCAAGCCCCGAUUAUACUGAACUUGGGUGUCUAUAAUUCUUCCUGUUAACUGUAAAACACUGUAAGUUAGAAACAGUAAUGUCAACACUGAAUUUAUUUUGAGAUCAGGGAACCAAUUGUUCUCAUAUUUAGGUUAGGGUUAUUAAAUCCAUGUAAUAAUGUGUAUGUUUACAGAGACUAUACAUACAAGUUCAGUGUUUUCAUUUGUGUUUUGCUGAUUAAAUGUCGAAGUUCACUUCUCGAGCAUUAAUAAAAAGGGAAGACGUUUGGGUUU